UCAAACAACACGAUUCACCCAGCUCCACAGAAUAAUACAACAUGCAGAUCGACCUCUCCUCCGCGGUGUCGUUUGACAACAAAGUAGCAGGCCAUGACGGGGUUCUGCAAGACGCGUCCGGGAGCGUGAUCAUCAAGCCCGCGACGACGUACGAGAUUGAGUUUUACGAGCAACUGGCCGCGCAGCAUCCUUCGUUUGCCGCUGUCGUGCCGCGGUUUUACGGCACGCUGGAGUUAUCUGGCGAGCAGGGUGGUGGUAGUGCAGAGGAGAAGGGCGCGGACGGGAGUCAUAAGAUCAAGGACGCGGAGAAGGCGAUUGUGCUUGAGAACGUGACGAGCGGGUUCGUGAGGCCGUCGGUGGUUGAUAUCAAGCUUGGUCGGCAGCUGUGGGAUGCGCGCGCGAGUGCAGAGAAAGCCGCGCGAUUGGAUGCUGUGGCGGCGGCGACGACGAGCGGGUCGCUUGGGUUUCGGAUCGCGGGGAUGAAGGUGUGGGAUAGUGCGAAGGCGGAGUUUGUGGUGUAUGAUAAGAACUACGGGCGCCGGUUUGCGAAGGAGGACGUGGUGGAGGGGUUUCGGGAGUUUUUGCCGGAGAGCGUGGGGGAGAGGAGGAGGGAGAUUACGAGGAGGAUUGUGGAGGAGGUGGGGAGGAUCGCGGAGGUGUUGGAGGGGGAGGAGUCGAGGAUGUAUAGCGCGAGUUUGUUGAUUGUGUAUGAGGGGGAUGGGGAGGCGUAUGAGGAGGCGAAGGUUGCGAGAGAGGCAGUGUCAUCUGAGGAGGAGGAGGAGGAGGAGAUUGAGGUUGUGAGUGAGACGGUGGAGAUUGACGGCAGGACGGUUGAGCAGGUGUCGUUUGCAUCUACAGCAGAAGUGGCAGAAGUGGCAGGAGAGGAGGAUGAGGAUGAGGAAGAGAAGGAGGUGCUGAAGGUGAAGGUGAUUGACUUUGCGCACGCGACGUGGGUUCCGGGGCAGGGCAAAGACGUCAACAUGCUGGAAGGGGUCUACAACGUGCGGAAGCUGUUUGAGCAGCUGCUGUGAUGAGAGAGAGAAGAGGGUGAGGCUGGUCGGCGACUGUCAUCCUGAUUGCAGACGGUGCAGGUAGUUGUUUAGCAAAUCACACGGAAAAGUAGGAUCCUAAAUCACUCAUUCUCUAAAACAAAGGCUCGGAAUUGUUUC